GCUCUCUAACUUCCAACUCCAGUCAACACAUGCCGUGGCGACGCGCACAACAUUCGGAUCGUUUGGGUAGCUUUUAACGUCAUUCAUACUGGAUUGCCCCCACUUCUUUCUCCUCGAUCAAAAGUGUGUUCUCCAUUUCUUUUGGGCAUGGAAAGGUAUGCGUUAAGUGCCCGUGUAAGCUCAUACGACAAGGUGUGGCUUGUUAUUAAAUUCCAUUACUGAUUUCGCCACUUGUUCUCGGAUUGUGAGCUAGGGUUAGUCCUACCUCUCAUCGCAUUUCAACAACAACUCUGUCCAGCGCGUGCCUCGUUGCAGAUGGAUUAUCAAACACGUGUGUAAUAAUAUUUUUUAAUCUUCAGUUUCAUUCAGAAAGGAUUCACUUUUGAUAUACAGCUAGCUAUCUUCUAUUCUUGAUUCUUUUCGCCGGACAAAUAUCGUUGGAGAUUAAGUCAGCUAAUGGAUUAGCAACAUUUGGAUUAAUCAGCGACGUGAACAUUACAAACAACGGAGCUUGGCAGGCUGAUUGAGGGGAGCAAUGGCUGAUAGCACGAUGGAGAACUCUCCGACGUCCACGGAGCAGCUUGACCGUCAGUUCUCCACCAUGGACGAUACCUCGGAGUCAUGGUCAUGGGGCAACGGCUCGGCCCACUUUUACCCCUCGGUCGAUGGCGUCAUCCUCGGCAAGAUCGUCGCCCUCGUCAUCAUGAUCAUCAUCUCCACCAUCGGCAACGUCGCGACUGUCAUGAUCACCAGUCGAUUACGACGUCGACGGAAGUCAACGGUCACCCUUCUGGUGCUCCACCUCGCCAUCGCUGACCUUCUCGUAACCUACACCCACAUGUUGCCCCAUGCGAUUUGGUAUUCGGUUAUCAAGUGGUACGGCGGGGAUUUUCUCUGCAGGAUUGUCAAGUUUUUCUCCAGUUUCGGACUAUUCCUGUCCUCGUUCCUGACUGUGGACAUCAGUCUGGAUCAUUGCAUGGCCGUCUUCUAUCCCUUGGCCAAGACCCAACGACCAAGGAAGGCUAAAUUCAUGAUAAUAAUGUCCUAUAUAUUCGCUACCUUCUUCAGCAUUCCUCAGGUAAGUCUCUACUUUCAUUGA